AUGCGCGGCCGCGCAAUGCAGGAUGCCAGCACUCCUACUGGCCGUCCAGGCUCUCGGCCGGCCAGCAGACUUCGUACUGGAAGCACCUCAGGCCUCCCCCGACCAAAUCUGUCAAUUCGUGAUUCCAGAAUAGGAUCUUUUCGAGCGUCAACAUCCGCCCAUAACCUUACUGGAGAACACAGCACAAGUAGACCGUCAUCUAGACAAAGCAAUGCAACCCCAUCGCUCCGAGGCUCAGUCGAGAAUUUGAAAGACAAUGUCGUGCCGCCUGAGUCAGAUGCAUCCGAAAAGUAUCGGAAAGAAAUCGAGGCCCUCAAGGCCGAGAUUGGGACCUUGCAAUACCGCCUGCAGACCGCUGAGCAGGAAAAAGACAUCGCUUUAUCUCAGCAAAAUAACAAGAUGGAGCAAGCCCGUCGGCGCGAACAAGAAGAAGCACAGCAUCGCCAAUCAGCUGAAUCGGAAAAGGCAAAGACAGACAGUAAGAUGGAGUCGAUCCGAUCCGAAAUGGAGGAGCUGAAAGAAGCCAUGGAAAACGACAAACGAUCACUCGAGUCCAAACUUCGGGCCGCUGAGGACGAAACUCGCCUUUUGCAAGAACAGCUAGAAGACCUGACCAGCGCCAAAGACGAAGCGGCGAGAAGGGCUGACAAGAAAGCCAACGAUCUUCAAAUGCAGAUUUCUGCAGCAAACAGCUCAUUACAGGACAUGCAGCAGGAGGCAGAAGCACAUGAGACAUCAUUACGGCAGUGCCAGGAGCAGAUUCUAGAAAAAGACACAUUGAUUGGCAACCUAGAGGCGGACGUACUACGGCUCAAGGCCCAAAGCGGUGAUGCGGAGACGAUGGACAUCAUCAAGAGGGAGCUGUCUGAGCAGGUUUCACAUAUUCGUGCUCUGGAAGCUUCGAACCGCGAACAACUUACAGAGCUGAAGCGGCUCCGAGCUGUCAACAAAGCCGUCGAGAUUGUCGAAGAGGAAAAGAGGUCAUUGAUGAGAAAGGUUGUGGCCGCUGAGAAGCUAGAGGUGGAACUGGCAGAGGCAAGGAUACAACGGCAAAGAUUGGAGGACGAGCGCCUAUCAUGGUCAGCUUACCUCAAGAACAUGUCAGCAACAGGCCAGGCCGAGUUCGAUUCACCAGAACAGAUUGCGAGGGCGCUUGUACAGGAGCGACUGACCAGUGCCUCCUAUGUCGAGCAGCUAGGCGCUGUUCGUGCCGAGAUUGCGGCUCAGCAAAGCCAUAUCCAGGCCUUGGAAGAAGAGAGAGCGCAAAUGAGGAGCCAAGCCGAGAAUGCCACAACGUCUGCCCAGGCUGUUAAUGUCGACCAGGUCCGCAUGCGUCUCGACCGGCAGCGUGCCUUGGCUCUGAAGGAAGUUGAAUACUUGCGCGCACAGCUUAAAGCCUUUGACACGGAAGAGCAAGCCUUACAGCCCGAACGGUUUGAUGAAUCCCGCGUGGCACGUAUCCAGGAGCUGGAAGACAUGGUGGACAACUACAAGAUGGAGGUUCAGCGGUUACACGGCGAACUCUCAUCCAUGGAUCCGUCAUCACAGCAGCCAUCAUCGCCGUUGCUGCUCGCUGGAAGCAAGCGAAGUCGGGCCGAGGAUGAUGUCGCCCAGGAGCAGAUGGGCCAGCUUACGCGUAAGAACCGCAAGCUCCAGGAAGAGUUGGCGAGCGUACAGACACAGGUCUCCAUGCUCGAAAAGGAUCUCUCUACGACGCGCGAGCAGCUUUCUGCCGCCAAAGAGCAGACCAAAACGCGAGUAUUAUCGCUGAGAUCUAAUCCCACCUCGGAUUAUGAGGCGAUCAAGCGGGCCACUCUUGAGGCUCUGCAGAAGGAGAAUAAGGAGCUAUUGGCGACGUUGCGGUCAAAGGAGACGAGUCCUUCAAUACCCCUGAUUCCGACAUCAGUACUGGGCGCCAUGGAGCGCGAAAUCGCAGCAGCAAAAGCCGAAACCGCAAGCGCCCAGAAAUCAGCGCGCCGCCUCAAAGAAGUCUGGGGCUCCAAGUCACAAGAGUUCAAGGAGGCCAUCUUCUCAACACUGGGCUGGACCGUCACUUUUAUCCCCAACGGCAAGAUGCGCGUCGAGAGCACCUUUUAUCCGUCGCAGACGGACGAGCACGAGAACUCGAUUGUGUUUGACGGCGAGCGGGGCACGAUGAAGGUGGGCGGCGGGCCCAAGAGCGCGUUUGCGCAGAAGAUUGGCGACCACAUUGGCUUUUGGGUCAGGGAGAAGGGGUGCAUCCCGGGCUUUUUGGCGGCGCUGACGUUGGAGUUUUAUGAGGAGCAUGCGAGGGCGGCUUCGGGGGAGUGA